CAUGUAGAAUUGUAGAUUGCUACAUCAGAAGAUAGUUACAUCAUUUACCGUGUGAAAUCAAAAGAUAGUUGCAUCAUCAAAACUAAUGGCUUGUGUUGGUCAAUGUAUCAACUGCAAAUUGGUUUAAUUCAAUAACAUUCACACACGAUGAAAGCUGGGUCAUCAAGAUCCACCAUUCUCCUAUUCGUUCUUGUUCUCUCGCUGGUCUUGUCUCCAAUACUUCCACGUCAAGCAACUAGUUUGCCUCUAGGAGGUGGAGGGCGUAAGUUGAUGGCGCCGUCACCACCAAUUCUCAUGUGUCCACAGUGUGCAUGUUGUGCACCUGCUCCACCCGGUUUUUGCUGCCCAUGUCGUUGUCCAGGCGGUCCCUAAAAAGUUGGUGACUUCUGCCUCAUGAAGUCAUGAGUCUGUGAGUUAUAUAUGUGUGAUCUUUUAGUUUAUAUGUAUAAAUAAGUAAAACAAAAGGUGUACUCUUACUCUUUGUGUGUCUGAAUAAGAAGGGUUCUGCUGUAUGUUAUUAAGUUUAUUAGUUUU